CAAGAUGAAAGCGCUACUGCUGUUGACUCUUCUUGUGGCUGUCAGUGACUUUGCCAGGGCCUCUCUCUUCAAGUGUUCCGGAUGCUCCGGCAAGUGCCCCGCGAUCGACUUCAGCACCUGUCCUUAUGGAAAGGCACAUGACGCGUGCAGUUGCUGCUUCGCGUGUGCCAAGGGACCUGGAGAAAUUUGCAAUCCUGAAUCAUAUCAAUGCGGACCAAAUAUGGAUUGUGAACAUGACUAUUGGUAUUGGUAUCGGUGUAAGGCGAAGUAACAAGACUGAUACAGUUGUUUACUUAAAGACCAGCACAACUUAAUUGUCUAAAGUGUUUCUGCAUCGAACGCCUGUCUUUGUGCUCCUUGUGGUCUGAAGAGACACCAAUCUGUGAAGAUCAGAAUAAAGUGCCCAAUUUCA